ACACCAUGGACAGCCUCGGCCUCCAACCCCUGGUCACGAGCCUCAACAACCAAGGUGGGUGGCCUAUGGUGACCGACGGCUGGGACCCGCCCGCCCACUUUGACCUCGCCGCCGCUCUCGUUGACCUUCGCUUCCAUCAACGUCUAUCCGAUUUUUGGGCGUGGGUUGAUGCGAAUGUCUUCAACGUCUCUCGCAGGGUUGUUUACGUCCAAGCAGGCACGGUGCCCCUCGGUCUGGGUCUCAUGAGCCAGGCCACCGACGCCGUCCUGGAUGCCUACCGCGCCUUCAUGACAGCGGCGGCCAAGGAGCUUCGUCAGGAGUUGGGGUCGAGCGCUACUGACGAAAGAGAUCGAGGCGCAGGUGCAGGAGGUGGUGGACUUCGAGAUCGCGUUCAGCAAGGUCAGUUUAACUUCCUGGCCUUCAUGAAGGAGAUGUUCACCAACACGGGGGUCACGAUCAACGAGGACGAACCAGUUAUUUCCUUCAAGAGUCCGUUCUUCGCCAACUUGACUACCAUGCUCGCCAACACGCCUCCACACACGAUCGCCAACGCCAUCGGGUGGUGGUGGGCGUACGACAUCGGGCGCGAGACCACCUACGCCAUGAGGAACAUCAGCUUCGACUUCCAGCAGGCGUUGACGGGGGCGACGGAGCCUUCGCCGAGGUGGGAGCACUGCCUCCCGCAGGCCAAUUACAACCUGGGAUUCGCGCUCUCCAGGGCCUACGUCGAUAGGUUCUUCCCGACGACGGCCAAGGACGAGACAAGCGAGCUGGUGGAGGACCUCCGCGCCGCCUUCAACUCCCUCCUGGAUGAGAACACGUGGAUGCUGGAGGAUGACCUUGCCGUCGCGAGGGAGAAGCUGGCGGCGAUCGACCCCUUCGUCGCUUAUCCGGACUGGAUCAUGGACGACGCCGAACUCACCAACGGAUACGAGGAUCUGGAAAUAUUAUCCGGAAAGGAAUACGAUAAUUUAUUGGCAAUUGGCAACUGGUUCGACAGGAAUUCGCUCGCUUCGCUGAGAGAAGUGCCUGUGCAUUCAUUCCUUUUCCCUCCGACGGUUGUCAACGCAUUCUAUAACCCUCAGGAAAAUACAAUCACCAUCCUCGCCGGGAUCCUCCAGACGCCCUUCUACGCCCACAACACCCUCGCCGCCCUCAACUACGGGGGCAUCGGCAUGGUCAUAGGUCACGAGAUGACCCACGGCUUCGAUAACACAGGGCGUCUCUUCGACAAGCAAGGAAACCUGGUUCAGUGGUGGAGCGACGAGACCAUUGCGGCUUAUGAAGAGCGUGCCAAGUGCUUCGUCGACCAAUACAAUGGCUUUAUUCCUCCUGAACUCAUCGAAGCCGGCUUGAACAUCUCGGUGAACGGCGUGCAAACGGAAGGCGAGAACAUAGCUGACAACGGCGGCAUUCGAGAGGCCUAUAAAGCCUACCAACUGUAUGUCGAACGCUACGGGGAGGAACCGCGCCUUCCCGGGCUCGACGAAUUCACACCCGACCAUCUUUUCUACCUCGGAUUCGCUAAUGUAAGAUGGUUUAUUUGGUGUGUGGUGCGAGCAAAGAACGCCCAAGCGGUCCUGACGCAGCUGGCGGUUGACCCCCACUCGCCAGGGAGAUUCAGGGUGCUGGGUCCUCUCUCUAACGACGCUGAGUUCUCUCGGGUGUGGAACUGCCCCGCUGGUUCGCCUAUGAACCGGGGAGAGGAGAGCUGUCUCCUGUGGUAGGGGCUGGUGGUGGGGAGGUGAGGGAGAGGGGGGUAGAGGG